AUGGAGAACUCAGAAGAGGACAUCACAGAUGGCUCGUCCAUCAAGCCAGUAUCCUCUCUCCGCGCCCAGUUCGAGAACAUGCUCAAUGUGAACAAGUCCUCAGUACCUGCGACCCCACGAAAACGCUCCCCCGCCGCCACCGAUCGCCUUCCCAUGCCCGAAGACAACAGGAGGACUGACGGGCGCAUAUCACUCGACAUACCGAGAGAGCAUGUCGGGCGAGUUUCGCCAAGUGUGGCCGAAUUCAGUGGAGAUGGCACGCUCACCCCACGAGCGCGAACUGUACGCAUGCCAUGGAGCAAUCCAAAACCGAGACCAACAUCCAUGAUGGCCUUCUCUCCACCCAGAUCGCCCACACGAUCACCGCCCAAAGUUACAGUCCAGUCGCCCAAGUCUCCACCGAAGUCAUCUGAGCCUCAGAUCUACUCGCCCCAUCCUUCGCGACCAACAUCGCACGCCGCUCUAGAUUCACCUGGUCCUCCAGGACCGUCGUCGAAUGGUGCGAAAUCCGUCAAGACACCUAGCCGCAAUACUACUCCCGCGCUUGACCUCAAGCCUCAGUUUCCCUCGCACACAACGCCUAUGGCAUCUGCUGAUCCGCGCAAGGGUGAUCGUCCAGUUUCUUAUGCGCCAUCAGUACCUCCGCCUGUCAAUCGAGCUGGAAAACCAAAGAUACCAACCAAAUCGCUUUCUAUUGACCCAUCAAUACGCGCAACUCUGGCCCCUGAAGCUUCUUCCGAUGUAGCAGCAGAUGUAUCGCCAUUCAGUACUCCACCUAGCAGUAGCGGAGGUAGCACUAAGGGCGAACCUACACCACCUGUCAUCCCUAGCUUCUCGAAACCAAAGAUGACAGCUAGCAAGGAUGGCUACUUCCCGCCCCCUCCAGUGCAUCAUGCAGUGGCCGAAAAACAGGCUCAUCCGGAUCCGCGAGCGUCAGCAAACUGGUCACUAAAGACGGCUGCCCCACAGCCGUCUCCAAGCGAUAUGCCAGACGAUCGUCCUGCAUUACCAAGUCGUCGUGAGAAGGACAACUUUGACUUGCGAAAGAGUGUUCAACUACAGAGAGCCGCUCCACCUGAUCUACCAGUUCGACGAUCUUUCGACCAAUUUCGUCCUGCUGCACUUGUAGCUGAAGCUAACCGCAGGUUCAUGCCUCCCCCACGACGGACACAUACAACAGAGGGAACUAGCUCUACAAGCUCUUCAAAGAGCCUAGAACCUCCGAAACCUCCGCCACCGCGCAAUUCUGGAGAAAUGAGAAGGCCGGCUCCUAUGGCUAGACCACAAGCCUCACAGCCACAGCCCUACACAACUGAUUCGGACGAGGAGGAUGCUGCCCCCGAGAAGCAACCAACAACAGCUUUGACCGACUACCCCGACUCAUCACAAGCGAAUAGGCGGCCACCGGUCUUUUCCGAAAACACCACCGGGAUACCGACGGGUUACGAGACUAAGCUGUUUGCAAUCUGUGGAGAUUAUAUAUGUACGACAGGAUACGUGACGAACGUAUGGAAUGUGUUAAACGGACGACUCCUCAUGAGCUUAAGCCAUGGAGACACUGUCAAAGCGACGGCACUCGCAUUCAGGCCUGCGAAAGAUGUAGAAGACGAGGGCAAGCGGUUAUGGCUGGGAACCAACACUGGUGAAAUGCUUGAAAUUGAUAUUCCCACGCAAAGUGUUGUACACACUAAGAGUAACGCGCACGGAAGGAGUGCGAUCGUUAAGAUUUUCAGAUAUGCAUCAGAAAUGUGGUCCAUUGACGAUGAUGGGACUCUGCAUGUCUGGCCAGCUGAUGAUACUGGAUGCCCCUCGCUUCAACAAAGUCCGAACACGUUCCGCAUCCCACGCGAACAUACCUUCUCCAUGGUUUCCGGAUCUCAACUUUGGGUAGCUUGUACGAAGGAGAUUCGAGUAUACAAACGGACCGGGGACAACAAUCACUUCCAGCAGAUAACCCAGGGACCUCUGUCACAACUGAACGUAGGCGAGGUCACUUCUGGGGCCAUCGUCAGCAGUCAGCCUGAUCGCGUGUACUUUGGACAUACUGAUGGAAAAGUGACUGUAUAUUCAAAGAAGGAUUUCGCAUGCCUCGGCAUCGUGAACGUCAGCUUAUACAAGAUCAGCUCACUAGUCGGCGUCGGUGAUAACCUAUGGGCCGGCUACAGCACUGGAAUGAUUUACGUCUACGACACGAAGUGCACGCCCUGGAAAGUUUUGAAGGAUUGGAAGGCGCACGAAAAACCGAUCGCAGGUAUUGUGGCAGAUCGGACAAGCAUCUGGAAGUUGGACAGAUUCCAAGUCGCUUCGUUAGGCACCGAUACCAUGUUGCGUAUCUGGGAUGGGAUGCUGAAAACCGACUGGCUCGAAACCUUGAUGCAACAACGCGAUGCCGAGUACUGCGACUUCAGAGAGCUCUCGGCAAGAGUCAUGACGUGGAACGCUGGUGCAACAAAACCCACGACCUUGAAACAUACUGAACAAGAUAGGAAUUUCUUCCGGGAACUGUUAGAACCAGAUGACCCGCCUGACAUUCUGGUAUUUGGAUUUCAGGAGCUCGUCGAUCUAGAAGACAAAAAGAUCACUGCCAAAAGUAUCUUCAAGAGAAAGAAACACAAGGAGACGUCGGAGCACGAGCACAUGUCGCAUCAGUAUCGCGCAUGGCGAGAUCACCUCGUGCGCGCUCUAGACGAGUACAGCCCUAAGCAAAACUACGUUCUUCUCCACACCGCCAAUCUCGUGGGCCUCUUCACUUGCGUCUUCAUCAAAGCCUCUGAACGCGGGAAUGUACGCGACGUAUGUGGCGCUGAAAUCAAGCUAGGCUUCAGUGGACGCGUAGGGAACAAGGGUGCCCUGGUAGUCCGCUUCUUCAUCGACGACUCUUCGCUCUGCUUUAUCAACUGUCAUCUUGCAGCUGGCCAGAGCCAGACUGUGCACCGAAACAAUGACGCAGCUUCUAUCAUGGAGAAUGCACCGUUGCCGAAGAAUCGCUCCCCAUCUCAUUGUGCAAAUUUCUUCGUCGGCGGUGGUGAUGGGUCGAUGAUUCUCGACCAUGAAAUCUGCGUACUCAAUGGCGACUUAAAUUAUCGCAUCGAUGCCAUGCCUCGAAAUACGGUCGUUGCUGCAGUACAGCAAGGAAACCUGGCAAAACUUCUGGAGCGCGAUCAGCUCCUUCUCUCACGCAAACGCAAUCCCGGAUUUCGCCUUCGCGCAUUUAACGAAGCGCCCAUCAACUUCGCUCCUACGUACAAGUACAACGUCGGAACCGAUGACUAUGAUACCUCGGAGAAGCAGCGCUCGCCUGCCUGGUGUGAUCGGUUGCUAUAUCGAGGCAUAGGUAAAAUCAAGCAGAUUGACUACCGAAGACACGAUGGUAUCAAAGUUUCAGAUCAUCGGCCAGUCAGUGGGCGAUUCAAACUUCGCAUCAAGACGAUCAAUCCGAAGAAACAAGAUGCGACCCGGGAUAAGGCUGACGUGGAUUUUGAAGCCGUGCGGCGAAGGAUUGCAGGAGACAUCAAGCUCGAUUACCUCAUUAAUGUCUUUGGCCUAUCCACUAAGGAGGCUCAAAAGCUUCUAAAGGGAGCUUAG